AUGCACCUACUUUUGGUGUUCGUGGCAUGCAUAAUUGCCUGCACAGGUAUCAAAAUCCGGGAAAGCAGAAAUUACCUCGAAGACAAUCGGGUCCCCACUCUUCCAAAAGCCAAGAAUCCUCACGGAACUUCACGAUUUAAUUACACCUAUGUGUCCGUAUGUUUGAACGGCACCCACGAUGAUUCUUUGCUGGUUGUGUACGCUAAGGAAUGUGAUGAGAAAGAAUCUCAGGUGGCGUUAGGAAGAUACAGCAACCAAGUGAACACUACCGGAUGGGGUAUACUAGAGAUCGAGACAUUCUCAGGACAUCCAUACGAUGUCCAAGCUUAUGCGGCUGGUGUUGCUGAAGGAGAACUAACCCGUCUUCAAAUAUACUACCAUUACAAAAACACAGUAAAGGAUAUGUGCAAAAACCAUACUAUCUACUGUAAACGUCUUUAUAAAUAUCUAACAAAGAAUUUGGAUUGGAUGCGAUCUGAGGUGCUCUCAAAACCGCCCACUGACUUAUUUUGGCGACAUGUGAAUCUUACAUUCGCACAACUCACAGGCAUUUAUGAUUCUUAUAUGAAGAAAAAUCUAACACCAGGAAUUGCAUUUGACCUAUCUCCCAUCUACAUAAUCCAACUUUCCGGAGAGCUAUUCGAUUUGAACAAAUACUUGAAUAAAACACCUGACCCACAAGAAUAUCCGGAGGGAGGACGUUGUUCUGGAUUUGUAAAAAUUGCACCAGGAAACAAGGACAUGUUCUUCUCCCACGUUUCUAUGUCAAGUCUUAGUUGGAUGAUGCGAGUGUUGAAGUUGUACAAAUUUGCUUUUGAUGCUAAAGAAGUCCCCGGUCAUACGGUUACUUUCUCCGGAUAUCCAGCACAAUUAGCCUCAGCGGACGACUACACGUUAACUAGCGGAGGCUUGGGAUCCAUCGAAACUACAAUAGCCAUUUUCAACAAAUCACUUUACACGGACACCUACAUUAAGCCCGAGGGUCAAGUUCAUUGUUGGAUUCGAUCGACUAUCUCGAAUUACCUCACCAACACGCCAAAGAAGUGGGUCGAGCUAUUCUCUCGGUACAAUUCCGGCACCUACAACAACCAAUGGACGGUGCUUGACUACAAGUUAUUCAAGCCUGGGAAAGAAAUCCCCGACAAAGAUAUGCUGUGGAUUCUCGAGCAAACACCUGCAUCCAUGGAUAUGCAGGAUGUAACGUGGUUCCUAAAGAAGUACUCUUAUUGGCCGUCUUACAAUGUACCAUUUCUCAAGGAUAUCAGUAUUACAGCUGGAUUCAGCGAAAAGGCCAGAGAGUUCGACUGGUACAAAUGGGGUUCCACUCCACGAGCCCGAAUCUUCGAGAGGGACCACAAGAAAGUUGUCGAUAUCGACACCCUUACAAAACUCAUGAGAUAUAACGAUUACACACACGAUGAGUUCGCUCGUUGUCAAUGCACACCACUACCGUACACAGCAGAAGGAGGAAUAUCCGCGAGAGGUGAUUUGAAUACUCCAAAUGGUACCUACGAAGUGGAGAGCAUGGGAUUCCGAGAUCAUGCUGGACUUGACUACAAGGGUACAAACUACGAGAUGUUUUCAAAGCUUCGAUUCAGGGCGUGGGGUGGACCAACAUACGAUCCACUGCCAGUAUUCGACUGGUCAACCACGAAAGUUGUGGUGAAUCAUUUUGGACAACCGCAAGUGUGGAACUUUACCUACGUAGAUCUAGAAUGGGAGACGGAAACGGAGGUGCUAGGAUUCGAGGAUGCUAAUGAUUCCGAAUAA